AGCGUAGUCUGUGGAGCUGCUGCUGGAGGCUGAGUCGCAGAGGGGCCGACUGGGCGGGCUAGGUCCGUCGGUGCUGCGCGGCCACGGCCAUGGGGGGCUUGAAGGACGAGCUGCUAAAAGCCAUCUGGCACGCCUUCACCGCGCUCGACCUGGACCGCAGCGGCAAGGUCUCCAAGUCGCAGCUCAAGGUCCUUUCCCAUAACCUGUGCACGGUGCUAAAGGUUCCACAUGACCCUGUUGCCCUUGAAGAACACUUCAGGGAUGACGAUGAGGGGCCUGUCUCCAACCAGGGCUACAUGCCAUAUUUAAACAAGUUCAUUUUGGAAAAGGUCCAAGAUAACUUUGACAAGAUUGAAUUCAAUAGGAUGUGUUGGACCCUCUGUGUCAAGAAAAACCUCACGAAGAGUCUGCUGCUAAUUGCAGAAGAUGAUGCAUUCAAAGUGUGGGUCAUUUUCAACUUUUUGUCCGAGGACAAGUAUCCAUUAAUUAUUGUGCCAGAAGAGAUCGAAUACCUGCUUAAGAAACUUACAGAAGCCAUGGGAGGAGGUUGGCAACAAGAACAAUUUGAACAUUACAAAAUAAACUUUGAUGACAAUAAAGAUGGCCUUUCUGCGUGGGAACUUAUUGAGCUAAUUGGAAAUGGACAGUUUAGCAAGGGCAUGGAUCGUCAGACAGUGUCUAUGGCCAUUAAUGAAGUCUUCAAUGAGCUUAUUUUAGAUGUAUUGAAACAGGGUUACAUGAUGAAAAAAGGCCACAAACGGAAAAACUGGACUGAGCGGUGGUUUGUGUUAAAACCCAACAUAAUCUCCUACUAUGUGAGUGAGGAUCUGAAAGAUAAGAAGGGGGACAUCGUCUUGGAUGAAAACUGCUGUGUGGAGUCUCUGCCUGACAAAGAUGGGAAGAAGUGUCUUUUCCUAAUAAAAUGCUUUGAGAAGACCUUUGAAAUCAGUGCUUCAGAUAAGAAGAAGAAACAAGAGUGGAUUCAGGCCAUCCAUUCUACUGUCCAUCUGUUGAAGCUGGGCAGCCCCCCACCACACAAGGAAGCCCGCCAGCGUCGGAAGGAGCUCCGAAGGAAGCUGCUGGCAGAGCAGGAGGAGCUGGAGCGGCAGAUGAAGGCGCUUCAGACCGCCAACGAAGACAAGCAACAGGAGCUGGAGAGCGUGAGGAAGAAGCUGGAGGAAGCAGCAUCUCGUGCCGCAGAUGAGGAAAAGAAACGGCUGCAGACUCAAGCGGAACUACAGACCAGGUUCAGCACCGAGCUGGAGCGGGAGAAGCUGAUCAGACAGCAGAUGGAGGAGCAGGUUGCCCAGAAGUCCUCAGAACUGGAACAGUAUCUCCAGCGAGUUCGGGAGCUGGAAGACAUGUACCUAAAGCUGCAGGAGGCCCUUGAGGAUGAGAGGCAGGCCCGGCAGGAUGAAGAGACGGUGCGCAAGCUUCAGGCCAGGUUGCUGGAGGAAGAGUCUUCUAAGAGGGCGGAACUGGAAAGAUGGCACCUGGCACAGCAGCAGGCCAUCCAGACGACAGAGGCCGAGAAGCAGGAGCUGGAGCAGCAGCGGGUCUUGAAGGAGCAGGCUCUGCAGGAGGCCAUGGCGCAGCUGGAGCAGCUGGAGCUCGAGCGGAAACAGGCGCUGGAGCAGUAUGAGGGCGUUAAAAAGAAGCUAGAGAUGGCAACUAACAUGACGAAGAGCUGGAAGGACAAAGUGGCCCAUCAUGAGGGGUUAAUACGAUUGAUAGAACCAGGUUCAAAGAAUCCUCACUUGAUCACCAACUGGGGACCCGCAGCGUUCACCCAGGCAGAGCUCGAGGAGAGAGAGAAGAGCUGGAAAGAGAAGAAGACUACGGAGUGACAGCUCUCCCAGUGGCUACCCCAGGCACAAUCACAUCAGUGAGGAGUCAACUCCAUGCCCAGGGCAAGGACACUGGCUUUGCUGCUUCUAACCAUCUCCCCUCAGGGCUCCAGCGGGGUCCACACGUUGAGGACACUGUAUUUACCUUUUAGAGCUGUCUGAGCUUUCCUGGACGAGAACAUAGGCACGGGUGUGGCUGGGGCCACCUUCACUGUCACCUUCUGCGGGCCUGCGGCUGCUGCUCUCACGCCCUCUCUGCAUAGGAGGUCAGCUGCCUCCUCAGGCAGGGUAUCUCCUCCGCUGACAGGUGACAUGGCGCGCCUUCAUUGUCGUGCUCUGAUGGACCUGGGUAUCAUGCACUUGGCAUGCUUCCUUUCCUGUUCUGUCCUUUCCUCUCCCCUCUCUUCAUAGCAAAACGGAUCUUGGCCCAGUGUCUCCACCCAGCUCCCUGGACGUUCUGUCCGCGGCCCCUGGUCCAUGAGGGGCUAACUUGAGGUCAGCAGUGCCUGGGUAGUGUGGGAGGUUAAAUGUGGACACGGUGGGAAGCUGACGGUCCGAGGGCUGGUUAGGGGUAAAGGCGUCAGGGUGAUGGCGAGCCCUUGCUUUAGCCAAGCUGGGAUUGUGGCUCUCACUAGGAUUGUCUCUGCUUUUCCCACCUCCGUGGGUGACCAGGUCAUGGUUCCUAUGCUUUUUUUUUUUUUUUUUGAGGGUAUUGAGGAAGGUUUUCACGGGUAAUCUGGUCUGGGAUUGAGAAUAGUAAGGAAGCCUUCCCAUGCUAGUUGGCAUCUAUAAGCACAGUGACUCCAUGGACAGCCACAGUGCUUUCCAUUUUAGACAGGAGCAGCGUGAUUUCCAGAUUACAGAAAAGGUGGAUUCAAUAACAGAGCAGAGGACCCCGAGUGUCCUGGUCCAGCCUUGCCUUGGGGCAGAGAGGAGGCCAUUCCAGACAUGCGCAAGUCUAGAGAUAGAUUUCAGUGUUCCUGGUAUUUACAUAAGAACUGGAUAGGAUGCCAUAAAUCUCUACCUUUUAUGACUGGAAAACAUUUGCCAAUGGAAGUCUUAUAAAUUUUUAAGAUUUUGGGCUGCUUCACUAUAAUUUUAUUUCAUGUUUAUAGUUGCCUUCAUAAAGUUUAGAUUUGUAUGCAGAACAUCACUGUAUCAUGAACCUUCUUAGCUUAAGCUAACCUGGGCGUGGGUUUCUGCCUGGGCCAUUCAAUUACCUCAUUCACCAGUGUUUUCUUGUCGUUGCUGCUGGUCUAUCAGAUGAGGGGACUAGGGCUUCCCCAGUGGCUUAAUGAUGUCUCCUUGGGGACUUCAGUGACCCUGGAGAGAACGAGGAAAAGAAACCGCAAGAAGGUUCUGACUGGUGUGCAAUGUCUGGAUGGAAGCCGUGGGCCUGGGAGUCCAGGGGAGACUGGGGUGAAAGGGCUGCCAUGUCCUGGCCGGCAGACCAUUCGUUCCUCCUUAAGCCUGACUUUCUUUAAACACAGCCAGAAGCAGGGUCUGCCUCUGCCAUGGCCCUCGUUGUCUGGUCUGGGCGCAAGCCUGAAUUCUGCCUGCUUCCCGGUUGUGCAGUGCCGUCUGGGCUGUGCCGAGGUGCCUGCAAUCUGUAGACACCGGCUUCAGCAGCACUGUGGCUGGGACGUGAAAGCCCUUCUAAACAGUGGAUAAAGAAGGCAGCACAGAUGUGCACUCCGCGACUCCCUUUUGGGCAGAUGCUUUGAUGCUCAUGGAUCUCUCCUGAUCCUUGCCGUGGCUUCAGCUGAGUGCCUAUUGACCCCUCGCCUCACCUCUGUAAUAGCUACAGGAAACUUCAGGAGUGCCUGUCUGCAUGUUCACUGUAAUCAGCCCUUCCUACAGCUAGAGAUAAGAUUAUCUGCAGGAAUUGUGAAUGAAAAACAUUUUGAAAUCUGUUUUGGAAUCUGCUGUAUUAGGAAGGAACAAAAUAUUUAUAAUUUUCCAGCAUUCUUAUCUAAACUUUGUACAAUGUAAUGUGCUCAACUUUCUUAAUUUUUUGCUAAUUUUUCUAAGAUAUUAAAAUGUUUUCUAUGGG